CUCUCGGGCCAGCGAUUGGGCUGAAGAUUCGGAAGCAGCCUUACAAUCGUUCGCCAUCAAAGUUGCUCGUAGCGCCACGUAGAGAAAGCGCGUCCUCCUGCGCGGACGAAGAUGUUGAUUCGUCUAAAGCGAGCGGAAAUGCAAGUGUCUUGCCCUCUGGGAUCCUCGCGGACUUGCUCGCGGAACGCCUAGAAAACGACAAAGCAAAUGGGAAAGAGCAGGAUGCGUUUGCACAGCGCCUCACGCAGACACUGCCGCAGAGUUCAGUGGAGAAGGCUACAGCAACUACACAGCGUAGUAGCAGAAUGCUGGCGCCGCGAACGCGCACGACUGCGGUUCGCGGCCAGCCGAAUUUGCUGGACAGGGUGAAACAGCAACUCGAAGGAGUGCAUGAGAAGUCAGCCUUCGCGAGCUCUGUUAGCUCGAACAGCGCAGAAACUCGCGGCCGGACCGGCGCCAGCACGACAAGUAGUAUUUUAGGGACGCGCUACGACGUCGGAGUUGGCGACUUUGGGGACGUGUUUCCGAAGUCCAAAGAUCCGAGUGCAAGCUCAAGCAGCGUGGGAACCAGUAGUAGAUUUGCACCCGCGUCCAGAAGGUCACUCUCAGCGAAUCCAGGAGCACGACAAACAGCGAGCAACUAUAAUAACGUCGAUGUUGGUGGCAUCAUCUUCGAUACAACUCUAGGUAGAAUAACUACAACACCUGGAGGCGGAGGAGCUACAUCUUCUUCGAAGCAGACGGUGACUACAACGUUGUCAAAGUCCACUCUCGGAGGCACGACUGCCGCAGGAAAAAGUGGAAAGCGUCUGAGUACACAUCCGCUGAUCCAAGUGUGCCCAGUGUCGAAUCCCGCAAAGACGCUGCAUCACCAAGGCGAACCGUUUCCGUACAUGGCGGCGGCGCAGAAGGCUACUGCCUCACAGAUGUUAAGAAGGCUUCCCCUAAUCCAUCUCCACCAGAAGCAUCUCAAAGCUAUCUCGUAGGUAAGGGAAAAACAGGAGCACAUAUGAGAUGAAUCCCAAGAACAAGAUGGAUUGGGGUGAGCUCUAAAAAUGGUGAAAAAUUACCAUGACCUCAUGGCGAAGCGCAAAGACGUUCACACAAUGGACGCGCUGCUUGGCAAAACACCCAUGCCACCGUGGAGUGCGGAGGAGAAGGCGAAACUGCACUUGCCCCAGCACUCGGCAGACUUAGUCUCCAAGUUCGUAGCGGAGUUGGUAAAUAAGGACAAGCACGCCGCGGAACGGGGUCUGAAGAAACAGGGAGGGGUUGCUGCGGCGGGUACAACGACGGCUGGCGGCAGUAAGAUGAAUUCGAAGAUGACGACGAACUUCCCAACGCCGAUUUCCCAUAACGAUCACAGCACAAGUCUGCCGCAGGGAGACGGCGCGCUCUCUCUGCGAGACUACUUGACGCGUCGCGUGCUGCCGUAUGAGGUGGAUCCGCGACGAUGGUCAAUGGAAGAUACCGCAAGGCACAUGGGUCUGCAUAUGACCUUCGGCCGGUGGAAGGAGGGACAGGCAGGUGGCUCUCCGAGAAGUGGUGACCCUCGUGCACUAUCUGCGUCUCCGAUCCUCGCUGGUGGCGGGCGCAGCGCUAGCGCUGGAACAACGGCGUCGCGGCCGUACUACGAGGCACAGUUCGCUGGUGUCAACGUGGGAAUACAACCAGCGACCCUUAACACUCCGAGAGCACCAGUGACGCUGAGGACCAAUCUCCAACCUGUCGUAGACGCAGACGCCGUCUUCAGGCGGGGCACUAAGAGCGCGCGUCUCAGUGUUGAUACUACUUCCAAGAACGCGGCGGGCUCUGACAGUAACGCUCCGUCACCUCGCAGGACCACUAGUGCACUCAAGAUGACACCGCGCAAGAUCGGGGAGCCGCUUCACUCUGCGCGGCAGACGCAAGCCGCAAGCAAUGAGCCAAUCUAUGUCACGGAGCUGAACCUCUCAGAUUGGGAGAGUUUCCCGUCAGACCUGCUUAGUGGACCUUCCGCUAAGGACGGGGCCGAAAACUCGUCUCGCGCCCCAUUCCGCGCGACAGUAUUUUUCAAUCCAUGCUCCUUUGCGGACAUGGGUAGCAAUAAAGGAGGACAGGUUCUUACUGGCUUAGAGCUGGUGCCAAGUAAAACAGCAAUAGAGCCGACACGUCUCGUUACGCGAGACCCACACGUGCGUAUCGUCUUUGAGCCGAUAGAGGGUGAUAAGGGCAAUACGAGCGAAGGUUCUACUUCUACGACAUCCAAGGUCGUCAAGAAGGUAACGAUUUCAAAAGAUGCGGUUGACAAGAAUCCUUCCUCUGACUCUACUAAAGAAGUGCCGGCAAAUGCUAGUACAACAGAAGUAGAUCUUCAGAAAGCUGCGGGAAGCUCGUAUGAAGUGGUUUUAUCGCUAAGGCAUGGCGCACGAGUGACGCAGCAUGGGCAGAGUUCAGCUACGGUUUGGCUUUCGCUAGUGCCAAAACUGGAAGCCGAUUUUUUCGACGCUGAAACGACUUUUGCUCGCUCGCUUCGCGCAGGCCAUCAAAAGGGCGUUCCCAAGAUCGGCCUCCACGUGUCUGUGCAGGCGUUCUGUCCUCCACACGUGGCGUCUGGCUAUGACGAACGGAGUCGUACGGGACUGGACUUUGCGUCCCAGAAGUACGAGAUUGGUGACGGUUUGGACUUUGCAGUGAACCCGCCACUUCUUAGGCGACCGAGUGUUCCAGGAGUAUUUAAGGCUUAUAGUUACUAACUACCCCAAAUGUUGGAGCGGGGGACCCAUAACUAACGGGAAGCGACCAUCUCAAGAAUGGAUCGCAAGAUGGAUGACGAGGGUGAGCUCUAAGGUAUCCACUGCAGGUUUCGAUCGCGCGUCGCGGUCGCGGACGAGAGUCGUGGGCCCAGAGGCUUCGGAACUCCUUGACCAGGUCAAGCUCGCUUUGGCAGAGAUGGCUCCAAUGCUAAAGCAUGCAGGUGAUCAAGAGGAUGCAAUAGCAGCUCUUAUGGCGAAGAAGGCUGUGAAUCAGAACUAACACCUUGCACUCUUGAUUUGCUUGUUAUAAGUACGUUUGAAACUGGAUUAUAAUUCUAUUUCGAAGUUAGUAGAAGAUUGCUCUAAUAUUUUGAUUUUCAUCAGGCUCAUGUUUAUGUUUAAGUACCUAGUUCCACUUCUAAAAAUGUGGGCGGAGAUUCCGAAGCGAGCAAGACACGUGGGACCGGAACUCCAGGGUCCUCGCGAAAGAGCACACCGCGCGGUGCCGCGCGGGCGGCCAACAUGAUCGCGCAAAAGCACCAGGAGUUGCUAUCUUUGGCCUCUGAACUUGAAUCAAAGCUGAACCCCAGCACCGGAUUGGACGCGGUCGUGAUUGAAGAAGCGAGGAAAAUGAGUUUGAAACCCGUUUACGAAAGGGAGUCGUGGAAACGAAUUUCGAUCGUGCAGCCGCAAGGCGGGGUGACGCCACGGACGCCGCGCGAUGCCAAAGAAGGAGCGCCAAGUUACGGCUUCCCCUAAUCCAUUUGUUUACAGGGAUCCCUCAGCCGUAUGCCUCCCAAUACAAGGGAGAGGUUGACGCAUGUCCUUGAGGGAUUUCCACAGGGAUGGACUGGGGAGAGGUCUAACCAAGAAGUCCACGAGCAAGUACGCGCCUACAGCAAGGUGCUGGUAAGAAGCCAGCUCAACAGACUAUAGGAGACACCGCCCGGCCGCACCCCUUUGGACGGAAGAAGCCUGAAGGCGACGGCAAAGAUGCUGUGCCGUCCGUGAAAAGCGCUACUACAGGUCGUGAUAAUGUUGACCACGUGUCGGUGCCGAAGCAGUACUCGCAGGCUGGGCGGGGUGAAGAUGAGCCUGGAGGUGCAACUUCUUCUAAACAAGAUAACAACGAGGAUAAGGAAAUGCGAGAACAACAGAGAAGAAGUGGAGCAAGGACAAGCGGCGCAGAAAGCAGUAAGGCUGUCGCAGUUUCCCGAGGACAGACUCCGCGGUUGUCUUUGACGAGUACACCGAGGGAAUAUGUCUUUCGUCCUUCGGCUGCGGCGACGUCGCGCGAGUCACUGACCUUGAAGCCGCUUCGAAGUGUAAACGAUUUGCAAGCGGAGUUUCGUGCACGAGUACUCGAGGACGCUAAGCCCAAACAAAAACUGCCCACGCCGCGAGUGUCAGUUCCGCAGAUGGAGGCGCGAAAGCCUCUACGCACGCAGGCGGCCGCGAAAGUCGUAGAAAGUUAAGGGUUCCCCUAAGCCAUCUUCAAGAGCAUCUUGGCAGCGUUUCAAAGGGGGAAAAGGAACCAGGAUGAAUUUCAAGAUGGAUUCGGGUGAGCUCUAAGAAAACGCCGCGAAACUUCGAGAGGCCCGCACUCAGAGCAUUCCAGCGAUUCGGCAGUUCUUGAAACGGCACUACAACAUGCAAGCGCAGGGGAAUAAGGCAGAAGGGGAAUAUGAAGCGAUGGCACAUGCGUCCGGAGCAGAGGAGACUGAAGAUGCUGAACAGAACAGAGGAGGACAAAGAACCAAGACGAUCAGUUUGGGUGAACAUCUCGGUGUCGCCGAUAUGAUUCGCGGUUUCCGCAGCGGCGUGAAAGCGGGUGCGCAAAUGCGAGACUUGAUGGAGGAGUACGAUCCGAGAACUGGACAGCUGGCAACUUCUGGGCAGAUCUACCACCAGCACGUGCGUAACGCGCAGGCGCUUUCGUCCCCAGGAAGCACUGUAGUUGCCGGGGGACAGCGGCGGAGUACACGGGCAAGUAGUGCAGGUAGACAAGGUCUUUUGCGCGUCAACGCGGCACAAGCGAUAGAGGCUACCGUGAUCGACAGGUCGAAUCAGGGUGAGGACAAAGCAGGCUAUGGAAAAUCGUUCAAGACGUGGACUGAAAUGGGUCUGCCCAUAUCUUCAGGCGACGCAGGGGGUGCGCAGAAGCGACGAGAAAAGACCAGGAUAACGACGGCUAUGACGACGGCCUCGGAAGUGGACGGUCGUGCGGCGACGAAGAGCAGCAGGCAUGUCGCUUCACGCGCGGACGAAAUGAAUAAAAGUCGAACAUCAAGCAACAAGAUGAAUGCAGAUGAAGAAGGCUUUGAUAGACGACACAUAUGUGAAGAUGAAGCGGCUUCAGCUAUCGAGUCUCGCUCUGAGAAGUCAUCAAAGAGCACGUCAGCACGUGGUGAGCAGCAGCCGACCUUCAUCAGGAAUUUGUUGCAAGAGCGGGGGGAUGGUGUUGGAGCAGGAUCUGUUGGUCGAAAACAACCAAGGGUGGAUCGACAAGGCAGACCGAAAAAGUUAAGGCUGUAGCUAGAGAUGCAUCUUUGACUCUGCAUCCUUGAAGGGUGUCAACAUGUGGGGUAGUAUCUUGUUCACUAUCCCAGAAGUGCGAUAGAUACUCUACUGGCUUAGGACUUUUUGAGGAGGAUGCAGCUGGUGGAAGAUGAAUUAGGGAUAGCGCUAAAAAACAAAAUGAUAAAGAGCAUCCACCACGCCAUCGAGGACCAACGUCGUACGAGGAAACUAGCGGAAGAACAAGGGCAGCGGAGUCUUUCUUCCUCUCUGAACAACAGUCCUGAACAGUCAACAAACAGUCCUUGUCCUGAACAGCCGGAGGCUGGAGCUGGUCGUUCGUCUUCAAAGCACGGUGUUGUAGUUGUCCAGCGAGGCCUGACGAAUUCCGUUGCAGCAGUGGGGGACAGCAACGUACUGCACUCAGAGCACUCUAAGGAAGGAAUAGACCGUUCUGCGCUACUAGAACCGAGCAGCUCUUCCUCGGAGCAUGGUGGCGACCCAUGGGCAAAUCUGUCGACAAUGCAGCCUUCAGCUGAGGCGGCGCGCGCAAUGGCUGCAGCCUCGUCUGCCGCUGUUGAUCCGGCACUCGCUUCAUCAUCCAAAACCACUGGUGACAAGUAUUCAUCCUCCAGCAGUGGUGCUAAGAAGUCUGUAAAAGUGCUCGAAGUUGAAGAGGCACAACGUCUUGACGGUUCUUCUGAUGAGACGGAGCUAGAAGAGGCAGCUAGAGAGUUGCUAGAGAACCCCCAUCAUCCUGAGGUCCAAGAGGCCGUUCGUCGCCGUUUAGCGGAUCCGGCUGUUAGCGAGGGUCUGAAACGUAGUCUUCAGGGCGCUUCGGCCGUGCACGAACACAUGGAAGCCUUGCACGCGCUGUACCACUUUAUGACCCCAGAGGAGCGCGAGAAGCUAGAAGCAGUGAUGGGCGACAUCUUGGCGGAAAACGAGCGCAAAGCGCGAGCACAGGAAGAAGAGAGGAUCAAGUCCGAGUCCGAAGCUGCGGCAAGAGAACUAGAGCGAAAACGCAAACAGAAUGCUGAACGAAAAGCACGUGGUGCUCUGGGACGCGUAAAUGGCUUCGGGACGCGCGCUAAAGGUGUUCAGGGACUUCGAUCGUCCCGCAACGGCACAGGUGCGUCAACAGCAGCAACAGCGUCCUCAUCGGACGUAGUUGUCAAUACGAAUACAAGUACGCCUACUGCUUCUUCUUCUAGUAAACCUAGUCCAGGACAACUAGCUCAAGAGUAUCGUCGUAACAUGGAAGCUAAGUAUGCGCCAGAACCGCCGCAAAAAGCUGGACCACACCCGCAGUCUACUUCUGCAAGCCAGUCAGCGUCCUCUGGUCGACCAGGAGGAGGUGCUAGAGCUGGUGUGUCAGGAGGAGCUUCCGCAUCAUCUGCUUCGGCUGGCCUGCUAGAAGCUGUGUUGCGGAAUCAAGAGGAGUCGAAAAAUGCCCUUAAUGCAUCGCAGCGUAAAGUGGGUCGCAGCGUGGCUUUUGUGAACAAUGCCAUAGCAGGAAGGCCACCAGCUGAAGAGGCGCCGAAGUCGAGGGCGUCCAAAACAACUACAGUUGAACAAUUAAGGCUUAAUAUCCUAAAAUUCAUCUCCAGAUGAAGCAUCUUAAAAAGAAGAGAACGGCUUCUCUAGAUGAAAGAAUCUCAAAGUGGAGUACUAGGGUGAGGUGAGCUCUAAAACAACCAUCUGGAAGCGGCGCGCCUCGCAUCAAACGCAUGGCGUCUUCCACAGAAGGGGGGUUGCUGGGUAAUGACGAGACUGAAUUUGCAGGCAUCAAUGCUAUGAGCGGCCAAAGCAAUCAGCGGCGAGCAUCUCAAGCUCAACGUCAGCAACCUCGUGCAAAAAAAGGACAGUAAAAAACGACUUGUUACACUUCUGUUUGCAUAACGAGUAAGUACAUAUCAAUGAAUAUAAGUAUCUUAAUCUUAUUAAUGUUUUUUCAAAAAAUUUUGCAUAGGCACAUUUAACAGGACUGAGAGAAACAACGCUUAGACUUAAUGUUACUCCGAUCAAUAAUUCGUAUUCUAGUUGUCACAAAGCAUAGAUGAUAAUUAUUACCAUAACAUUUACGAAUAGAACUAGAACAUAGAUCAAACAUACUGAAGACUUUAUGUCAUUCUGAUUUAGUUCAAAUUUGUAAUUGUAUUCCGUAACUCCGAAGACAUUCAUGAUCACAUACAGCUUGAGGUAAGCACAUCAAUUAUUCGAAGGACAUGAUUGACACCCAUUUGUUUCCAAAGGUUUGUGCAUUUCACUAUAAGGUAGUACUGAAAAGAAUGAUAAAUACAGCAAUAAUGAAAAAAUUUUACGUAUUUACAGCAUGAAAGAAAUAGUCGUUCCUAUGAAAGUAGAAAUGGUUGAAACCCAGAAAAAAAGUGCGUAGCAGAAAAGAGCUAUUAUGCCGAUGAGCAUCACCACCACGAUUCGAUCGCUGGAAUGUGGCUGAGAAAGAUCACCACAAGAGCAUACUUAGUCAUCUAAACCAUCUGAUUUGUAUUUUUUAGUUGUAGUGCCACAAGAAGUAAUAGAUAUUCAUAUGCUACCGUCAGAAUAAAGAACAGGAUUUUACUGACCACGUUUAGGCAGAAGAAAUAAAAUGUACGAUCAUUUUGUUGAAGAAAGUAAGACUUUUGAAACUUGAUAUUAGCUGCCAGAAAAAAUCGAUCCUUGCAAAAAUUCAUACACUAUGAAUGUGUACAGUAAAUUGGUUUUGCGCCCAGCAUGUACGAUCUUCAUAUGAUUGUAGCCCUGUAUCUUUGACAUACGGUGGUCGCGAAUGGCCACACAUGUCAAAGAGGCACACACA